AUGACCCACGACACGGUCUGGAUAUGGUCCAAGCAGUUGAGCCCCUGGCGAAAUCAAGGUCAAAUGUUCUUGAUCCAGCCCCCUGGAUAUGCGCGUGAGGAUGAUCUUGGUCCGAGAGGCGUGCCAGGUUUCAUGUUCUUGAUAGCGGCUCGUAUUCUCGAAAGAAGAAUUCGUGAUGGAGCUCCACCAGCGGGGAUGAUCGGGCUUGACACAGGAGCAGAGUAA